AGUUUGUCACGUGAAGACUGAGACCUUGCAACAUGUGUAGAAGUAAGAAACAUCCCAUUUAGACAAACGUGUGUCCGUGCAGGUUAUGUGAGGUCACUCACCAACCAGAAGCCUUGUAAAGUGUCCCACAUUGUGCGCGUGUUGUCUUUUAUCUAUAGAUGAAGGUGUUCAGCGUGAGUGACGAAUUUUAAUGGCUCAUGGUGAGCAUAGUGCAUCUAUAACACGGGCGACACACGGGCGACACACGCCAACACAAGCACCCAGACACGACAACUACCUUGUGAACCCGAGCAGGUCGUCCAAUAUAUAAUCAGCAGAAUGAUGUCCCUUGGUAAACGACAGAUGUCCAAGCAAGUCAGACAGAAUGUUGUGACCAGAGCAUAGACUGGAGUUGGUAGACCGCUUCAUCCAACACUGUCUACAGGUCGCCUGGUUUCUGCAUGAACUUUAUCACAAUGGGGAACUCUCACUCGUCACACCAACACGAGGGCUCGGAGAUGUUCAGCUCCUCGGAGCUCGGGGGUCGUCAGGCAGAGAACCUGUGUGAGAUGGGCGAGCUGCUGGAAGACUGCGCCAACCUCAAGUCUGCUGUCCAGCGCCUGGCUCGGGCCGUGGACGGGAUCUUCAUGAACGAGGAGGCCGAGGAAAGCACGACCACGAUGGAGCAGAGGCUGCUUGCCAUGACCCACAGCAACCAGACCCUGGUCCAGAAGUUGACCAGGAACCUGGAGCAGCACGCCAAGCUGGUCAACCGUGGCCAGGAGAGGAACGAAGAGCUCAUCAAGCUCGUCAAGGAUCUCGUGGCCACGGUCAACAGCUACAUGACCAUGCUCAUCUUCAACAUCCGCAAGCUCAAGAGGUUACUCUCCGAGAUCAAACCCUACUCAGACGAAGGCGGCCGUUGGACAAAACGAUCCAGUUCGGGCAGACUAGAAAACAAUUUGAUAUAUGACGUGAUCGCUGACCAGCAGGACGUGGACGCGAUGCUGCUGCAGCUGUUGGAGACAGAGAAGCAGCGAGAGGAGCUGGAGAGGACGAUCGUCAUGGUGCUGGUCCUGUGGAAGGACUACAGGUACCUGAACCAGGUGCUGGAGCAGCACGACGACACGCUGGACGAGGUCGACUCGAACGUCCGACACAUGUCGGCAAACGUCUGUCAGAACUUGGCCCAGCUUUAUUCGAAACAGUCUUUCAAGUAAAAUCACAAAUCACGCAUGUGGACUUUUUUUUUUCAUUGCAAGGAUUGGAAGUUUUUUCUUAAAACUAUUCGGUUUUGUAAAACGUCUUUGUUUUUCUUUUCUGUUUGAAAAAUGUGUCGGGGAUAAUAAGGGAAUGAGUAACAGAUUUUUUUUCAUUAGUCAUAGAAAUAAACAAUGGCUUUUCGG